ACCAACCUUUCUUACUGAGAAAAAUACUCGAAGACUCUUUGCGACUUUGCAUUUCAACAGAUUUUUGGCGACAGUUAAGCGUACAAUUCCCACAAGGAGUAAACGGAUUGCAUUGUGUGUGUUUUUCCCGUUUGUCCGCCGCCGGUGUGGUUAGUUUCAACAAGCGGGCCAACACCGGAGAUCGAUGAUAAAAACAAACUGAUCAGAGGGGGUGUCAGCGAUGGGUCGGAAAUUAGAUCUGUCGGCACUAACGGACAACGAGGCGGAGCAUGUGCUGCAGGUGGUGCAGAGGGACAUGAGGCUCCGCAAGAAGGAGGAUGAGCGCCUCAGUGAACUGAAGCAGGAGCUGGACGAGGAGGGCAGUCGCUGCCUCCUGCUGUCACGACAGAGUUUCUUCAACCAGCGCUGCUGUAUCCGCUGCUGCUCGACCUUCACCUUCCUCCUCAACCCCAAGCGCCAGUGCCGCGACUGCCACUACAACGUCUGCAAGGCCUGCCGGGUCUACAACAAGCGGGACAAAGCCUGGCUCUGCUCCGCCUGCCAGAAGAGCAGAUUGUGGAAGACACAGUCACUGGAGUGGUUCUACACUAAUGUGAAGAGGCGCUUCAAGAGGUUUGGCAGCGCCAAAGUGCUGAAGACUCUUUAUAGGAAGCACCUGGCGGAGCACAGUGCACUUUCAGAGCUUACUGAGGGCAGCGUCUACCAGGGGAGUAUCUGCGAUGAGGGUAGCAUCUGCUGGAGCGACUCAACCUUUUACAGACAAACUGAAGAGCACAGCAUGGCAGAGACCCUCACUGUGGCCUUAAGGGUGGCAGAGGAGGCCAUAGACGAGGCCAUUUCCAAGGCUGAGUUCGACACUGCCAGUCAGGAAAAGCAGAAUGAGGCACACUAUCUGCGGGAGCACAGAGGAGAGCUCAUUGAGGAACUUGCCAAAACUAUUGUGCAAAAAAUUAUCAAUAGGAGGAAGACUUUGGCUGAAAUGAGGGCAAAAUAUGACCAGGACUGGCCACUUGAAGACAACACUGACCUUCAUCAUCAGUCCGCCAGCGGCCUCAAACACCAACCAGGCCUCUGGAGGUCAAACUCUGCCUUCUCUCUGAUGGACAAUGACCCUCCAGGUCUGAUACAAGACUCUCUACAGGCAUUAAAGAAGGAAGGCGGUGGGUUAGCUAUGUCAAACUGGAAGAGUGUAGACAGGCUGGACAAUGCUGGCGUGUCUUCAGUGCUAAAGAGCCCAGAUGGGAACUGGAUUGCCCUGCAGAGCGCCCAGCUGUCGCGUCCCAGCCUGCUGACGAAAAGGAAGAGCCUGGUCUACAGUGCCUUGGAGAGGGAGUCUGGUGUGGUGUCCGCCUACGAAGGCAUGGGCUCUGACAAUGAUAGCAAACCCGAGCCCGACAGCUCCUGGGGUGCUGCCCUCCAGGAGUUCCACAGAAAGAUGACAGACUCUAACUUUAACCCGCAGGACACCUGCGACAGGAUCCCGUCCCCGCUGAUGGGAGACCUAGACAGCAGAGACGAUCUGUUUUCAGAUGCUGAGGGGAACUGGAAGCCUAAUACACCUCUGCUGGCUCUUUUUAAGAGGAAGAUGCCGCGGAGAUCAGGCAAACCUUCAUCAUCCCACAGGGCCAACAUCAUGGAUGUGACCUUUAAUGUGGAAGGAGCAGAAGAUGAAGUGGAGAGCGAGGUGACUGCCGAGCCAGAAGCUGGAAAAGUCAGGAGACUAAGGAAAAAAAGGACGAGUAAAAAAGAGUCGUCUUCUUCUGUGGUGGAUUACAGCAAAACAGACAACAAUUCCCAUCAUUCUCCUGAUGCUGUGACCCCCCUAGACACUAUGACCUCUGGAGCCACAACCCCUGAACAUUUUGACCUUGGGAGUGACAUCACAGGACACGGAGCCAAUCAGAUGGACCGGGAGCUCACGUUAAAACGACAACAGGUGGCAGGUCGAGUUUCUGACUCCUCCUCUGGAGAGGAAGAAGACGAUGGAAAGAGAGAUUCUGGUAGACAAGGAAGCAAGGACAGAGAUGAGGAAUACGAGAAGCUGUGGAAGAUGGAGAUUGACCUGGAUGAAGGAAGAACAGAUGAGGAGAAAGAGGAGGAGAAAGAAGAAGAUGAUGAUGAAGAGAUGAAAUACCGAUUAUACAAGCUGGUCGCACAGUCCAGACUCACGUACUUCUCGUCUACUGAUGAUGAGUUAGACAAAGUCGGACAGAGUGAAGGAGAAUGGGAGGGAGACAAGGAUGAAAAUAAGGGGGAGGUAAAUAAAGAACAGGAGGAGGAAAAGACAGACGGACUUACUUAUAAACUCUGUCAGCUGGAAAGGGAAGUCGGGGCUAGUCAGUUCUCCUCCACAGAGGAUGAGCUGGACAGGCUAGGCAUCAUGAAUGAAGAGAAGAAGACAGGAGAAGAAGAAGGGGAGGAUGAGGAGCUGGCGUUGAAAGUAUGCCGAUUAGCUAACAAAGUCAACGGCAUCCAGUUUUCAUCCACAGAGGAUGAGUUAGACAGAGCAGGCAGAGGUGAAGAAGGAGAGGAAGCGAUAGCAGAAGAGACGCUGUGGAAACUGGAGGCAGAAAAAGCCGUCCAGGCUGCUAUGUGGCUCGAUUUGCCCAGUCUAGUCGGUGCUUCUCAGUUUUCUUCCACUGAGGAUGAGCUGGAGAGAGUUGGAGAGAAUGAGGGAGAGAUGGAGCAGGAAGUAAAUGAAAAGAUGUUUGAUUUAACUGAUGAAACUGAGGAAAGAAAGAAAGAGAGCACUGAUGUAACAACAGUGAAUGUUUUGGAUGGUCAAUCAAAAGUGGAAGAUGUCCAACAAAAUCUAACAGAAGUAGAGGAAAAGAGAGAUUGCAUGCGGGAGAGAGUUACAGAGGCGAUUGAGGAUGAAAGGACGGUAAAGGAGCAUAUGUGUGAAGAAAAAGUAGAUGUUUGGAAAGAGGAUAAGGCUAAACAAGUAAGCGAGAAAGAGGAAAGACAAGAGAUGGAAGCAGAGAGAACUGGGGAUAUAAUAGCCUUACAUGAGACAAAAGUCCAACAAGAGAAUCAGCCAGAGGCAAAGCGGCCAGACAAAAAGGAGGGAGAGAGCCAGGAAGAGGAAAGAAUAAGAGAAAGUGAAGGGAGUCAGGGGGAGAUGGCAACAGACAGCGGCGAGGAAGACGCAGAAUUUGAGAGAAUAAUCAGCAGCAUGUUGAUGAUGACUCUGGACGACAUGCAGGUAGAGACAUUAAAGGAUGAAGCUGCAGAAAAUGAGAGAAUAUAUAGGGAGACAGAUGAGAAUGUAAAAACAAGGGAAGAAAGUGGAUUUGAGGACACCGUUGUGGAUGCACAAAGAACAAAUUCAUCGGAAGAGACAGGAAGUGCAAAAGAGUUUCAAAGUCGAGGCGACAAUGUGAUGUCAGCUGUGAAAGAAAGACCAGGAGAAAAUGCCACUGAGCACAAUGGAGGAAAUAUUUCCAGAGAAAAGGAAACUGGAGAUGCUACAGGCGGAAAUGAAAAUGAGCAGCAGGCAAAAGAUAAAGAUCCACAAGAAAAAAGAAAUCUCGUGGAGACACUGGAGGCCAAAUAUACAUGUGAAAUAGUAGAAGUAGAUGAUGACAAACAAGAAGACAGAAGGGAAAAAGACGCAACUGAGUGGCAGAUGAUGGAGACACAGGGAGAUGUUGCAGAGGGAGGCUGUGAAAGUAAAGAAACACAUGAAAGAUGUGAGGAAACCAAAGAAGAAAAUGCAGACGACACGGAGCAGAGCAUCGCUUCUUCUCUUCAGGAGAGUUUACUGUCACCAGAGGAGAUUCAAAUUAGGUACUCGGCAGAGUCUCUGCGCAGUAUCACGACUGAGGUCCUGAAGGUGCUGAACGCCACUGAAGAGCUGCUGCAGGUAGAGGAGGGAGAAGAACCCCGACCCUCCACCACAUCACUGCCCCCCAACACUGACCCCAAGAAACUGGAUCAGCAGUUCUCUAGACUGGAGGAGAAUGUGUAUGUGGCAGCUGGUGUGGUGUACAGUCUGGAGGCGGAGCUGAGUGACCUAGAGGAGUGUGCCAGGGGCAUCUGCAGCGCCACGUCCGAUAUGGAGCUGUCCUUCCUGGAGGAGCAGGUAGCAUCAGCAGCUGCCAAAGUUCAACAGUCUGACCUACAGACUUGUGAUAUCUCGGCCAGAAUUGCUGCUUUGAAGAGUGCAGGCCUCAAUGUGGACACACAGUCACGCUCAACGAAGACCAGGACCAUUCCAGUUAUGCCCGUCACCCUGGACUCAUCUAGACAGGUGAGGAGGCGAUUACCUGCACCACCGGUGAAAGAAGACAAGGAAACUUAAAUCAUCGACCCAGGACCUUUGCAGUACCUCCAACACAGCAGUGCCUUGACCCCUGCAGCCUACAGGCCAGUCUUAAAUGAUCCAUUCAGAUACCAUUUGCCUUAAGUUAAUUUUAAACUUAACAUGCCUCAAAUAACACUCAACACUAUUAAAACUGUAUGUUCA